CUCUAGUAGUUAGUUGUUUUCAGUCGUGGCGUUAUUAGGUAGCUGACUGGAAAGCGGAACUAGCUAACUACCCAGCUAGCAAUACAUUAGCUAGGUUAACGAGUUGCUCCCGGAUCCUGCCCUGCUCACGAAACUAGAGCAACUUUUCAGACAAUGCCGCAAAAUAUUGAGCUCGGUGCCACAGGAGGAGCCUCCAAACAAGACGGUAGCAACAUGGAAGACAUGACUGUGGAACAGAUGACCAUCAGGGCCAACCAAGUGACUGACGAGUCACUGGAAAGCACACGGAGGAUGCUGCAGAUGGCAGAGGAGAGCAAACAGACCGGCGCCAACACCAUGGUGAUGUUGGAAGAGCAAGGAGAGCAGCUGAGGCGUGUGGAUGAGGGCAUGGACCAGAUCAACCAGGACAUGCGACAGGCUGAGAAAAACCUCACCGAUCUCUCCAAGUGUUGCGGCCUCUGUGUCUGCCCCUGUGACAGGGUGACAUCUAUUGAACACGACUCACGAUACAAGCGCACCUGGGGUAUUGGAGGAGGAGGAGAAGGCGAAGGUGACGGCUCAAAAGUAGUUUCAAGGCAGCCAUCGGGUGUUCGCAACGGCCAGGCUGCCCAGGCGAAUGCCUCAGCACCUUCAGGCCCGUACAUCAAGAGGAUAACCAACGAUGCACGGGAGGAUGAGAUGGAAGAGAAUCUGGAUGCAGUCGGCAGCAUUAUUGGCAACCUGAAAAAUAUGGCUGUGGACAUGGGCAGUGAGAUAGACAAGCAAAACAAACAGAUCGACCGCAUCACUGAGAAGGCGGACAUGAACCACCAUCGCAUUGAUGAAGCCAACCAGAGAGCCAACAAGCUCAUCAAGUAGACAAGGAACUAUGCUUCUGCCAAUUUUAUUCAUCAACCUCGAGCCUCUGUCGCCACACACACACACACACACACACACACACACACACACAAAGAAAUUCACUCUGGGAGGACAUUUUUGUCAGCAGUGUGCCUGCCUUUACUGCACUAAGAUGUAAAUAGAAUACACAAACAUAUCUACAUUGUAUAAAUUGGCCACCACGACAAACCCUUAAACGUGUGUAUUCAUAGUCAUGCUGGACUUGGGGAAGCAGUGUGGGCAUCAGAAACUGCACCAAAGAGCAAGUGACUGGCUGCCUAUCACUGCUGUUUGAUACCAAAUACUCACCAGACCUGUUGUAUCACAUCACAGCAAUCACAGGAAGGGAAGUAGCACAGGUCAGCUGCUUUUCUUUUCCCUGUUGGCCUUUCUCUCUUAAAGUCAAGAGCUAUGAACUCACUCUGUUUGUGUGUGUGGGCAUCUCUGGUAUAUAUGGAUGACGUCAAUGAUCCAUGGUCAUAAGCUGUCUUUUAGUGAUAUACAGCACACCAAUAAUUUAUGUAUCAUUCCCCUGUUGGUCCUGUCUUGAUAGUGCUGCAUCUAGUAUAAUCAUAAAACAAAGUCCUCACUCUGAAACAAAUGUGUUGUUUUUCGAAACCUCAUUGGUUAAAUGUGUAAUAAUGUUAAUUGUAUCGUGUAUUAUUUUGAGAUGAUAUGCUUAUUUAAUUAUUCUUUAUGAAGCAGAAAUGACUUGUGAAUAAAGUUGUCGUUUUUUUUAACACUUUGUUCCCAUGUCAUUUAUGCCAUUUCAGAUGUAAAAUCUAUUUCAAAAAAUAUCAAAUGUUGUGCUUUGGAAUGAGUCAUGACAAAUCCUUUACUGCUGGAAUUCAAAGCAUCUGCCCCUGAAUGAGAGCAAUUUAAUGCUAUUUUCAAAAUUUCUGACUGAUUAGAAGUCAAGGUUAUUGUAACUGUUUGCAAGAACAUGAUAAGGCGGUGACCUGGUGUUAAGAAAUUUUAUGUACAGCAAUCACUUUUCCUUCAAAUGUGAAGGAGGGUCAGUAAGCAUCAUGAGGAAUGUUAAUCAUAACCUCCUCUAAAGCAUCUAGUUCACUUUAUAACAACGCUGAAUAUGGGAAACGUAACAGUGGCUGAAUAAUUUGUCAUCAGAGGAUCAACUGCUGUACUUCGUAUUUUGUGUGACUUGAGGUUUUUCGCUCUGACCGCAGUGUUGAUGUAAAUACUGAAACAUACCGUAGCUGUUUAUUAAUUGCCUAUAGUCAUUCUGUUAAUCUAAUUUCAUUCUUCUUUCUUCGUCGCCUCCUGGUUAAUAGAGAUUUAUAGCACCCAAGAGGAGACUAACAGCCUACGCAGGGUUCCUACAUGAGCCCGGUAAUGUGUGGAAAAUUAGUUUCCGCAAGUUUAAUAAUUGACUGUAAAAGUAUGAAAACAAAUGUUCAGUCUUGAAACACAUGGCUGUGCGUUGUUAGAUUUAAUGUACUAUCAUCUCUCAUAUUAGCUCACUAGGUCAUUGCCAUCAUGGCAUAUGCAGCCGUUUUGUUAUACUGACCUAAAAUUAAAAAAAUGUAAAGAAAUGAGGCUGGAAAACAGUGGAAUUUAUAAACGGGAGAAUAUGCAGGAACCCCUUCAAGUCAUUGUGGAUGGUCCAUGGCUGUGUUGUAACAGCCACUGUAUCACAAACAGCUCCUCUUGCACCUGUUCUGUAAAUAGCCAGUUUUCAGAGCAGAGGUACUGUAAAAAUGAUAAUAUCUGAUGAUGGCAAGCAUAAUUUGUUUUGUCAAAGCUGCAGCCAGGCUGAAAAAUUACUGCUGGCAGCGAGACGCAAAAAUAUACAUGUAAAUGAAUGUUGUUUAAGGGGCGCAUGUAGAAGCAGAAUAAGUCCUGGCAGGCUCUGUUAAGGCCUCACUAUGGGAAAUUGGCUAAUGAUAAAGUAAUACAAUAUGCUGAAAAUAUCUCUGGUAUGCAUCUUCUGGCUUAUUUGUUUUGAAGAAGAAUUAUCAUUUGUAUGCUCUGCUGCAGGCGUACACCUAUUGAGUUUGUAAAGAUUGAAAUGAGCUGUUAUUCAGGGCUUUGUAUUGCUAUAAGUGAUCAUCCUCAGCCUGUUACUUGUCAGCUGAGAUCUAAUUAGUCUAGCCUAAGGUUGCCUCGCUGUCUUGAGGCUGUUUAUUCAUUGUUUUACCAACAGCCACUGGAAUGUAAAUACAACAGUUUUGUCUAUUUUGAAUAUUUUCAUAUGCAGCUGGUCUUAUCUGAAAUUAGCUCAGUGAACUGAUGACUGUUCAACAAAGUAAAAAUGCCUUUUGUUUCAUGCCUGCCUCUGUUAAAUUGUUUGUACUCAAUAAAACAAUUCUCAAAUGCA